AUUUACAGGACUAAUCCACAUAGUAAAUGAUCUUUUCGUCAAAGCCAAUUGAUGCCUGAACUACCGGCAGUCAAACGUAUCAGAAAGAACGAUGAAGAAAUUGAGCAGGAUAACAAGAAGCGGCUCAUCGUUAUCAUCGAGAAAUGCUCGUUGGAGAGUGCGAAGAUAGGCAAGGAAUACGUGAUUCUCUCUAGUGACAGGCAUGCAAACUUCAUUCGAAACCAAAAAAAAGAUCCCGCUGAUUUUCGACCAGAUAUCCUACAUCAAUGUCUUCUUAUGCUUCUUGAUAGUCCGUUAAAUCGAGCGGAUUUAUUGCAAAUUUAUGUGCAUACUGUCAACAACAUAUUAAUUGAAGUGAACCCUCAGAUUCGUAUCCCAAGGACAUUCGAUCGAUUUUGUGGUUUGAUGGUGCAGUUGCUACAUAAAUUGUCGAUACGUGCAGCCGAUAGUUCAGUGAAAUUGCUGAAAGUGAUUAGGAAUCCAGUAAGCAUCCAUUUACCGACUGGUUGUCGGAAAGUACUGACAUCAUAUCAAGCGUCAGAAUACAUGAGUUUUAGGCAAUUUGCCGAAAGCACUAGUAAUAAGCCCAUCGCAGUCGUCAUUGGUGGGUUUGCGAAAGGAAAGGCUGCUGUGGAUUAUACCGAGGAAGAGGUGAAACUAAGCAAUUUUCCAUUAAGCGCUGCGUUGACGUGUUCUAAACUGACAUCCAGUUUCGAAGAAAUAUGGAAAGUUGAAGAAGAAAAUUAAUAAUAGGUCACUAUUAACAAAUAACUUUGUUAGGAGAUUUCUAUUGGUCUGCUGUUGGUUUUGGAUUUGUGAAAAUUGCAAGUAAGAUAAGUCUGGUAGUUCUUCAAUUUCUCUUCCACUUUGGAUGUUGUGAAAGGUUUUUUAGAAGUGAUGCGUAAGUUAAAAUUUAAUAAAGGUCGAUUUACGCACGUGGAAUACGAUGAAAUAAAACAAGUAGCGAAGUUUAUGAUCAGUUUGUUAAUAAUAUAGUAAAGAUAAAUGAAAAAGGUUC